UGUUACCAAAUCAACGGGCAGCGUGUUAAUAUCUGCUUGAAGAAAACGCUGCCCGAACUGCCCGAACCCCCUCUGUGGGGAUUACGGUCAGCUCUCCCCACGAAUCAUCACCAUUCCACCAGUCAGUCGGUCACUCUUCCAAAGCUACUUUCUCCUGCAACUAUAUUUACUUACAUUAUACUGUAUCUAUAGUUUCCCCUCUGCUUGAUCGGACGGUCCAGAAUGAAAGUUUCCUCAGAUCUCACCCCCUCCGCUGCUUAGCUCAACAAAUUCUCAGAUCUACUCGAUCCAUCUUCAGAUCUGUUCUUCCCCAUCCGACGGUCAGAAUUUUUUUAAGAAGUUUGAAGUUUGGAGUAUAUAUAUAGAAGUGAGGAAAAUGGAGAUUAACUGUGGUUCGGUCAAGUUGACCACGAUUAAGGAAAACAUGCUAACGUGCGCGGGCGGAGAUGCAGCUUUAGCGGCGGCGGCGGCGCUGGUCUCUGCUCUGGUCAACGCUCAGCUGGCUGUCUCAGUCCUGUCGCAGGAAUGCAUGAAGCUACUACUUAUGAACCAACCUAAGUCGUCGAGGGGAGAUCAUCUUCCCUCCAAACCGGUAGAUUCCGAGGAUGACGAUGGAGAUGACGACGAAGAUGACGAAGACGACGAUCCUGACAAUGAAGAAGAAGAGGCAGAAAAUACUAACGGUGCGAAAAACGGGCCGGAUGGUGGGGCCCGCAAGGUGGAAGAAAACGGCAAUAACGAGGAAGAAAAUGCAGACGAACAAGAAUCCGGUGAGGACCCUAAUGAAGAUGAUGACGAUAAUGAUGAUGACGACGACGAUGAUGAUGAUGAAGAUGAUGAUGACGAAGAAGAUGGUGACGAAGAAAACGAGGAGGAAGAUGAAGAGGAAGAGGACGAGGAAGAAGCCCUACAGCCUUUGAAGAAGAGGAAGAAGUAAAUGUGUAGAGUGUAUAAUUUAUAUAUAUAUAUCCUCCUUUAGAUAUAUAUUGCUGUCUCUAUAUUUAUUGUGACUUAUAUUUGGUGAAACUAUAUAUUAUUACAACCUAGUUUAUGAGCAGCAUAGGAGGGUUUGUUUAGGACUAUAUAUGUAACAUUUUAAUGUAUGCCUGUCUGAGUAGUGUACAACUCUCUCUCUCUCAGUUCCUUGCGGCUGUUAAGAUAUCAUAAAGAAAGGCUUAUUAGUUAAAUUAAAAUUUUCUCUGUGU